AGCGACACCGGUACCACCUCAAAUGAGGCUCUCUCCUAGAAAUUGUUUAGAAAUAUUCACAUAAAUUGCGUAGUUUGAUCGCAUAUUAGCGGAGAUGGGCCUCAUUGGAUCAAACGUUCCUCAAAUGUUGACCAGAAAGUGAUGGGUGACGAAACCUGAGCGUAUAUCCAUUAUGGAGAUAAGGAACACCAUGCCCACCAGCAAUCUGCCACCCCUGAGGAACCUGCCCAGCUGGUCCAGGGUUCGAGAUCUGGACAGGGUGAGAUACCCAAAGCUUCUGUCUAGUGACUGUGUGGUCAGAUCUCCACCCUUGGACCUCAGAAGUCUAAAACCAGCUGCUCAGCCCAGAGUAGAUGCAAAUGACACACGCAUUGCCUCUCUGGAGAAAGAUAUUCUGUUCCUGCAACUACAGCAUAAGGACACACUGGAGAGAUUGCAUGCAGAAAUAGAAGAUCUGAAGCGUAUUAAUAAAGAAUUACAGUAUCAGUUGAUUAUGGAACACCAGCAUUCACCAAAAGAUUCCAAAUGGUCCAACAGUAACUCCACGAAAUCCAGCAGUGAUGGUUCACCUGAGAAGAUUUCUCAGUGUAGAUUCAUUAGCAGUGAGAAGGUGCCGGAGGCUCACGCGGGGUCGGGUGGCGGCCCGGUCACAUCUCUGCUCCCUCUCAGCAUCACCUGUAGUCCGUCCCAGAAUCCCCGCACACCCACCCUAAAGGAGUGUGAGGUCAUCAUACGACAGCUCUAUCACGCUAACACCUCAAAGGGUCAAGAGCUGCAACGGAUCAAGACUGUCCUCAGAGAUAUCGUCUUAAACAAAAAGAAGUCGUCCACUGAAACUGUCUCUCUCGCAAAGGCCUGUCUCUAUGACAACACCAGAGAUGAAGUUUUCAAGCAUUUUCCAAAACUACCUCUCAUACCUCUAAAGAAACAGAACCCCAGUCAGACCAGUAGAGAAACUGUGAUUCUCCCAGACAUCAAAUGCAAUUUCAGCAGCACCAUGUCAGAACGGCAGAGAAGGGCGCAAGACGUGCACAAAAUGCGGCUUAGAAGAACUGUGAACUGUCUUGACAAAUAAAGUGCAAUGAUCGUGUGAAAUGUCAAGUAUGUGUAUGUGUAUGUGUAUGUGUGUGUGUGUGUGUGUGUGUGUGUGUGUGUGUGUGUGUGUGUGUGUAUAUGUAUAUAUAUAUAUAUAUAUAUAUAUAUAUUCGUUUUUCUUCUUCUAUAGAUAUAUGUAGAUAAAGUAAGAAUGUGUUGAGGCUGUUGAUCAUGUUGGAUUCCUUAAUCAACUAAAUAAUCUUUCCACGGUAGCAGCCAAAGGGCCAAGACGAGUUUCAAGCUAAUCUGCCCAUCCUUCUAAAGAUCACUUUAACCUCUCAGAUAACAGGGAAUCAAAGCUUCUUCAAAGAAACAGCCAGAAUCCAUGCUUUACUUAUCAUGUUAUCUCCAUAUUUGACGUGACUCACCGAAAUGGAAGUGUGCAAUAUUACUGAGGGAUAUUUAAACGUGUUGUUGAAUUGUCUUUGCUCUGAAUUCAUUCUUUAUUUCUCAAUAUUAUUUGCAUUUUUAUUUGUCCAACACUGAAUUUCAUUGUCUAAGAGCCUGCGAACAAUCUUGAAUUUAAGAGAUUGUUCUGCAGUUUUUGUCUCCAAACAUACUCUAUUACUGAGGUAAUGUAGGGUGUUUACUAAAGAAAAAGAGUUUUGGCCUGUUCCUGGAUUAAUGAAAUGUCUUUUUAAGGGUUAUACUAAAAAGCAGCUUUUUCUGUCUAUAACUGACAUUUUAACCGCACACAAUGAGUAGUCGGGAUGUUUUAAAUGGCCUUCUAUGUAGGAGGGUGGCUGGUGUUUAUAAUAUAUCCUGAAGGAUAAUUAACUACUCGUUGGAUCAUUGCCCAAGAUCCCGGCAGACACUAAGAGCCUUAUUAAGUAAUGGGAUUUAGAGGGCAGUAUCUCAUUUAGUUCAACUCUGGCACACUCCAGUCUUCAAGCUGCUAUUGUUUAACACUUUAUUUAACUCAAUUUACACAAUAAAACGUU